ACGAUACUUAGCCUGCUGUGUCAACUCCUGUGACACCGGUCGUGGACAUAUUUCCACAGCUGCAAACCUUUCUCUGGUGCCCCAAAUAUCACUGACACGGAUUCGGACGCAGCCCUUACUGAAAGGCGCUGCCUGCCGGAGUGGAACCCGCAUCGUUGUCUCGUGGCCGUCGGCGUCUCGUCCUUCAGUCUGCAGGAAUCAUCAACCAGGGACACUGUGGAUCCUUAGGCCCUCCGGCAGGAUAGUGGCAGAGGCAGAGCCAUCAGAGAGCAGACCGACAGGGCUCCAUGAGCGCCACGGGGCAGCAGCAAGGGGGGGGCCUGCGCUCUCGCCGAGGCCUUGUCCGGGACAAGGACCCCGGGCAGGGCGUGGGCAUGGAAGCAGCCUGCUGGCUCGCCCCCGGAGUGCUGCGCAGGCUGAUCGAGCUUCCCUCUCCCCCCUUGUCUCGACACCAGCUUAAGAGACUGGAAGAGCAUAGGUACAGCAGUGCAGGGCGCUCCCUCCUCGAGCCUCUCAUGCAGCGUUACUGGGAAUGGCUGGUUGGACAGGUACCGGCCUGGAUCGCCCCUAACCUCAUCACUAUCAUUGGGCUGGCCACCAACGUCUUCACCACCCUCGUCCUCGUCUACUACUGUCCAACUGCCACUGAACAGGCUCCUCUCUGGGCGUACCUGUUGUGUGCGGUGGGUCUGUUUAUCUACCAGUCUCUGGACGCCAUUGAUGGGAAACAGGCCAGACGCACCAAUAGCAGCUCUCCGCUGGGCGAGUUGUUUGACCAUGGCUGUGACUCUCUCUCCACAGUUUUCGUGGUGUUGGGAACCAGUAUAGCAGUGCAGCUGGGCACCAACCCAGACUGGAUGUUCUUCUGCUGUUUUGCUGGGAUGUUUAUGUUCUACUGCGCACACUGGCAGACGUAUGUGUCGGGAACGCUACGGUUUGGCAUCAUUGAUGUGACUGAGGUGCAAAUCUUCAUUAUAAUCAUGUAUUUGCUGGCCGCCGUGGGAGGAUCUGCUUUUUGGCAGUCACUGAUUCCAGUCCUAAAUAUCCAGAUGAAAAUGAUUCCCGCCAUCUUCACUUUUUUAGGAGCCAUCUUCUCUUGCACAAAUUACUUCAGAGUUAUUUUUACAGGAGGUGUGGGCAAAAAUGGAUCCACAAUAGCGGGAACCAGCGUCCUUUCUCCAGUCCUACAUAUUGGUUCAGUUAUCAUUUUGGCAAUGAUGAUAUACAAGAAGUCUGCUGUCCAGCUUUUCGAGAAACAUCCGUGUCUUUAUAUCCUGGCGUUUGGCUUUGUAUCAGCAAAAAUCACCAAUAAAUUAGUUGUUGCACAUAUGACAAAAAGUGAAAUGCAUCUCCACGAUUUAGCCUUCUUGGGACCAGGAUUACUGUUCCUGGAUCAAUAUUUCAAUAGUUUCAUUGAUGAGUAUCUGGUGCUCUGGAUUGCACUGAUCAUUUCCUUGUUCGACUUGGUGCGUUACUGUGUCAGUGUUUGCAACCAGAUUGCCUGCCAUCUUCACAUUUUCGUUUUCAAAAUCAAGCCUUGCUCAGUCCUCAGUCCAGCUCCUCACUGAGACGCGCCGGCCGUUACUGACUCUGUCCCUCCCCGUUAGUCGCACUCAUCUUCUCUCCCCGCAGUUUUUCCAUGUAGAGAUGCAGGGGAUGAUGUGGUGUAAAGUAUGUGCUUCUGCCAACUGAAUGUGAGGACAAAUAAUAUAUAUUAAGAUACUGGAAUAUUACUGUUAUUGUUUGUUUUUCCACUAGUGCAGAACUGAAUUGGUACCAGUUUCAUGUUCUGACCAACUCACGGUCACAGCGAAUAUUUCAGGAGAGUACAGGUGCUACUCGGUGUGUUCAAGGAGAGAAACUUACAUGUGUUUUAACUGUUAAGGUGCAAGAAAAUGUCUGAAAUGAUUCAAACUCUUUGCUUUCCACGAUUAUAAUUUUUGUAACAUUUGCAUAACUUUACCUUUUUGCUAUUGUAAAUACCAAACUGUUACGUGUCUGUGCUUCGCUUAAAGGUUCUGCUUUGACACAUUUAUAAAAUCUUUUUUUUUUUUUUUUUUUUCUCAUGUACGCGAUUUUAAAGCAAGUUCUUUUUCUGCACAUUAUUCAGAACUGUGCUGCUAUUUUGCAUCAGCUAAAUAUUUCGGAGGAAACUUAACAGCAUCUUUAUUAAAAUUUUAUGUAGCAUAUGAAAACGUCCUUACUGUACAAAACUGCAAAAAAGUGUACUGCUAUCUUUUUUUUUCUUUUGGGGUUAACAAUGCACUUGACUUGUACUUGCCAAGUUCAUGUGGGAAUUUGUGUUGUAAUAUACCAACGUUUAUGGUUGACUAGGCGAAGCUUCCCUCUCUUACUUUUACAGUAAAUGGGAGAGGAAGUUGUGCACAGUUUGAGUAUUUCACAACAAAAGUAUCUAAAGUCGGAAGUCUUAUGUUUUGGUGUUAUUAGCUUUGCAGAUGGGGGAUGAAAAGUCUCGGUGGCCUUUUAAUCUCUCCAAAACAACGGGUUUUCUCACAUCCUGCAGCUGAUGGAACAAAGAUGAAAAUGUUUAAAGAUGAAGUCUGCGAUCCAAAGCAUUGUAUCUGAACGUACGUCAGUCCGAACACUCCACAAGCCAUCUCUGAACUCCAUCCAUUUCUCUCUCUUUUUUUUUUUUUUUUUUUUUUUUUAAUGUCACAAAAAUCCCCUGGAAAGACCAAAACACUUUUUUUUUUUCCCUUCUCUCACCUGGAUUUUGUUACUUCCUUCUAACGAGAUAAAAAUGUAAAAAUAGUGUGAUAUAUUUAAUUAAUCUUUAAUGUCUCGUCCCCAUAUUCUGAACUCAUUUUUAUGCUCUUGUACAGUCCGUGUAAAAAAGAAACAAAAAACGAGGAGCUUCACAGAUUUUUAGUGCAUCUACCGCUUUAAUUUCCAGACUUUGACGUGCAGGUUACACUUGUAAGAGGAUCAGAUUGUUUUUCAUUUGUUUUUGUUUUCUUUUUUUCCCCCCCACCUUUUCAAAGGAUUAUUUGAACAAUGUAGGAAUUUCUGGGUUGCAGCUACUGGCCGAGGCACCGUUGUGUAAUGUGUUUGGUGUUAACAUGAUCUAUUUGGCAUUAUGUUUCCCCCCCUAAACAAACCUGCUGCUGCAGAACAGCUGCACCUGUGAAUGAAUGCACAGUUAAUGUCACCGUUUUAAGAUGAUACUGACGAGAAUCGGAUCAAAUUUAAUAAAAAAAAGAUGUUUAUUUAAAAGUGUGACUGCUGCUCGCUCUGCAUCCACAUCAUCUCAUACUGUAGCAGGUCCUGAUUAAUGAGCUGCUCCCUGAGGACGCGAGGUCGGUGUUGAGCUGCGUCCACGCACACGUCUCUGUAUUUGAAAGCUGACAUUAGGUUGGGUUUUUUUUUUUUGCUUUUACAUAUUGUGCCUGUUUCUAAUACUGUGCUCUGCCUCUGCAUUAUGUUAAAUACGUUGACUGUAACGAGGAUUACUCAUGUACAGUGUUUCAGAGCGUCUGUUAAAGCUCCGACUGCUCUUGGUCGUUCAUCUGGGUCUGAUUUGAAAAAGUCUGACGGUAGUUUUAUAUCGAGUGUAAAAGAACCGUUUCACCCACUUCACAAAAAAAAAAAAAGUCCUUUACUGCCCUAACAUUUAUGACAAUGGUAUAAACAAUUAAGCUUCACAUUUUGAGAAUAAAAUCACUCAUUUUCUGAGAAAGUUGCAUAUUAUGGAAAUAUGUUCAUUCUAUUAAGGAAAACUUUUUUUAUAUUUAAAAUUUCAAGAUUUCAGAAAUCUUAAAUUUUAAAAAGUCAUGUUUUUUUUUAGAAAUUAAACUCAUUGUUUUUAUAAAAUUACUAGAUAUAUUGGUAACUUUCUUUUAUUGCCUACGUUUAGGCCAGUUUGAGGUUGUUUUCGUUCUAAAAUCAUAGUUUGACAGCAGUUGGUUGUAAUUUUAGGGAAAAAUGUAAAAAUAUAUUGCGUUAUGUUUAAAGUGAAACACAAGCCUGGGUCAGGUGCGUGGAUGUCACACUGACAUCUGGAAGAGUGAAACUAAAACUGAUCUAUUUUUUGUGACGUGGUUGGACUCAGCUUUCAAACUAACAAUUCUGAGAAUUCCCCGCUUUCCUGAGAUGUUUUGAUUUAACAGAUAACGUGUGAAAAAGCCACAUGCUGCAUUUCAGAUAUAGAAAGAGGUGACUCAGUCCUGGAAUUGUUUUUUUUUUUUCCCUCCCCUCUUCACUUGGUGUCUUUUCAGUGUUACUGAUGCUCUGACCUGCAUGAUGUUUUGUCCCACUAAGUUUUUGUCCUACCUGGAGAGUCUCCGUUUAACUUGUACCUGAACCCACAAGCUUUCCACGACGACUGUGAGGUAGAAACAGCUCCAGCUUGUGUUCUUAGUUUCUAAUGUCAGAUCAAACCCCCGCAUUCUGUUGAGUACAAAUUUGCCUUAAGCACGUUUGCUUUCUAUUUUGUACAGAAAUGAAGCCUUUCGUCAGUGUGUGAGUGUAUCUGUGCUCUCGGAGGCUUGUGUGAAAGUUUUUGUCUUCUGUUGGCCAGAAUGCCAACCUCAGGUAUUUUACUUGUGUCCAGACUUGUGUUUUUUCUUAAAUCGACUACAGUGAACAAGAUCCCCUGACAAUCUCUGCUUCACCUAACAAUGAAAAUAAACAUCAUACUCCCAUCUGGAA